AUUUAAUGGUUAGGUACCAACAUUACAGGGAAAAAAUAAGUACAGCUGCUAAGUGACAGCUGCUUCAGUUUUGUUAGAUCGGUUAUCUUUUUCGAAUGAACUUUUAUUUUCUAUGGAAAAUUUAGAAUAACAUGUGAUAUUUCUUUUAACAUUAAUAAGGAUACUUUCCUAAAACAUUACUGACUGGGUUGAAAGCAAGUGAGCAAUGUUAUCUGCAUUUAAAAGAUUAGCUGGAAAAUCUGAUGGAGUUGGCAAUGUAUCUCUUAGACCAACUCAUCAAUCGAUGCCAACAACAUUACAAAGAAAGUUUUCCAAAGGUGUACAGUAUAACAUGAAAAUUAUUAUAAAAGGUGAUAGAAAUGUGGGAAAGACAUGUUUAUUUCAUAGACUUCAAGGCCAAAAAUUUAUAGAAGAAUAUAUACCAACAGAAGAAAUACAAGUGACCAGCAUUCAAUGGAAUUAUAAAGCUACUGAUGACAUUGUUAAAGUGGAAGUUUGGGAUGUGGUAGAUAAAGGCAGACCAAGAAAAAAAUUGGAAGGACUGAAAAUGGAUAAUUCGCCAUCUGAAAACAUUAUUGAAGAACCCGCAUUGGAUGCAGAAUUUCUUGAUGUGUAUAAAGGGACCAAUGGUGUUAUUAUUAUGAUGGACAUAACAAAAUCCUGGACAUUUGAUUAUAUACAAAGAGAACUUCCAAAAAUACCUAGCCAUAUUCCAGUUAUUGUUUUAGGAAAUCAUUGUGAUAUGGCACAUCAUAGGACAGUCACAGCAGACCAUGUGACAUACUUUAUCGAUUCAUUACAUGAAAGAUCGGCGCAAGUAAGAUAUGCAGAAUCAUCUAUGAGAAAUAGCUUUGGAUUAAAACUUUUGCACAAAUUCUUCAAUCUUCCAUUUCUUCAACUACAACGAGAAACACUUUUGAAACAACUUGAAACCAAUGAAGAAGAAACUUGUUUGACAAUACAAGAACUUGACCUCUUUCAAGAUAGUGACGACGCUGAUUAUAACAAAUUUUUGGAUAAUCUUGUUAACAGAAGAAGAGCCAUUGCGGACUCUGUCUCUGCCAGUAUUCUAGUCCCUAAUGUUACAUCUUCUCUAAGCAGUCAUCAAAUAUCAUCCUCUAAUGGUAAUACAAAUGUAAAUGCUGAAGUUAGGAGAUCAGUUUCAAUGCCUGGCCCCAUAGGAGGUGGAACACCUAUUCCAGUGAAAAAUAUAGAUUUAAAAUCACCACCAAAGAAGGAAAAUAUUAUGAAUGCUUUAGAGAAUCAAGGAGUUCUUAUUAAAAACUCACAGACUGCAUCGGCAUUAUCAACCACACAAGCUAUGUCAAAGACAGAUUCUAAGAUGGCGGAAUUAUUAAAUGAUAAUUCCGAUAGAAGAGACUCAAUUGGCAAACCACAAUCGCUUAUGUCAAAAAUAUUUGGUAAUAAAAAGGAAGAUGAAGUGGACAAAGUAGUACAUAUUAAUAGCACGAAUACAAACACACCAUUAACUAGUGUUGAAGAUUUCGUACCGGACGAUGGUCUUUUAGAUCGAUCAUUCUUAGAUGACAGUCAAAUUUCGCCACAGAAAGUACAGCAUGAAGAGCUAGAUUCUGAAAGUGAUACUGAAACUGCAAAUCCUUUGGUUGCUGGUUACGAGGAUGAUUUAUCAUCAACUGAAGAAACGACACCUCCUGUUCAGCCAAAAUUAGCUGAGAAUCCUUUAUCCAAACAAAAACACAAACGCGAUGCUGUAUUGAACGCAGAAAUAAAUCCAGAAAAACUACGUCAAACUGACAAGCGUGAUUCUGUUUCGUCUAUAGAGCAAGAAUUGCAAAUAUCGAAUAAUUUCGAUAUAAGUGAACAGCAGGAAAUUAGUUCAGAUGCAUUCGAUAGUUGGCUUCGACGUGAUUCUAAAUGGAGACAAAGUCCCGAAGGUGGUGAAGAUGUGAGCAGCAACAGUAUGAGGAAAGACAGGCUAGAAUUAAGUGAUAAAAGUUUAGACGUGAGUGUCACAAGUUCUAAUGUUCAUCUAGAAUUACUUGACAAUACUAGUGUACGGCAUAUGAGUUCUGAUGGUGGGAGCCCUGUAUUAAAAGAAAAGAAAAAGCACAAAGAAAAGACGGAAGACAAGGAAAAAAAGAAAAAGAAAAAAGCUAAGGAUAAAGACAAGGAUAAAGAUAAAACAGAUAAAGCAGAAAAGAAAAAGAAACGUUCGCUACACCGUUCAAGAGAUGAAAACAGAGAACGCGACGAGCUCGAGGAAUUCCUUAAUGGUUCUGCGACUAGAAUUGGCGUUGAUGUUGCCUAUGAAGCGAUAUAGCAUUUUGCUUAAAUAACGUUACAUUUAAUCGUAUUUUUCAUUAAUAAUAUUGUCUUCUGGUAAGACACCCAAAAUGUCCUUUAAUGAUGAAUUUUCUAAAAUGAAAUUCAAAUUAAUGUUUACAAGUACUUUUACAGCAAGCAAUGUGCAAUAUAAUGGUUAUGUUCAAAUUCUGUAUAUGAUAAAAUCAUGUUAUGAACCAUAACAACAAAGAAUUUUUAGUAAACCAAACGUAAAAUCAUAUUUUUAAGUUCAAUCCUUUAAUACUUGUUUCAUUAGUAUUCUACUUGCAUCUGAUGUAAAAAUGUGUAUACGAUAUCAUUCAAAUUCAAAUAUUUUAUCAUUGCAUUUUUAAAAGCAUUUGUGACCGAGUGUAUUUAAAAUAUUUAUUUUGAUACUUAACAUUUUCACUAAUAACGUAUUUUUUUAAAUAUUUGAUACAAGUAUUGACUGUAUGUUUUCAGCAAUGAUCAUUUUUAUUGUUGAGUAUGUUGUUUAAAAUAGAUAUUAAAAAAUUUAAUAAAUUAAUGUUAGUUAAGAAAUGUUACAUAAUUAUUGUUUCUUUUUCGCGUAUAUCAUUAUAGCUUCAUGUUAAUAUGUGUAUAUAAAUAAACAAGAAAUUGUCAUAUUACA